CCUGACCUUAUGAGGCAGGAGAUCAGAGUCUCUGAGAGCCUUUACCUAGUUCAAUGCAAGGGCCUAGACUCACAGCCUGUGACUGAAGGAUCCACAGGACAAGUCCUUACCUCUUGUCCACAGAGGUCUCUGCCUUCCUCAGCAGUUCUGCAGGACUGACUGUGGUGGUUCUGAAUCCUGCCCAGGACUGCUCUCCUCUCUUCAGAGCACCCCUCUUUUCUUGCUCCCCAUCCCAGCUCAGGAAGAGGACUGACUGAUGGCCUGGGAGGCCACAUACCUGCUUAGCUCAGUGCUGCUGCUGCCCCUGGCCUCAGGGAACCCAUUUCCUACUGCUGCAGGGAACGGGCUGUCUCCCAUGAACUAUGUCUCCCCACUCUACUGGGCAAAUGGCCCAGAGAUGUUUCGAACACUGGAGGGCAAGACUGUUUCUGUGGAAUGCUCGUAUGAUCCCAGAUACAACUCCAGUGGGAAGAUAUGGUGUAAGAGAAAAUCAGAAGGCAUUUGUCAAUCCCCAGUGUGGAGUGACAGCACAGGUGCCAAGAAGCUAAGAUUCUCCAUCCAGCACUCUUCUGGGUUCAACUCCUUCACUGUCACCAUGACUGAGCUCAAGAUGAGUGACUCUGGCACCUACCACUGUGGGAUCCUUGGAAAUUCUGGCAACUUCACUAGUCUAAGAAGU